GAACUUAAACUAGUUCCUAUUCUGAGGAAGAGAAACUCAAAGUCGUUACUGAGAGCAGAAAUGGCUCAGAGAGGAGUUCAGCAGGAGAAAAUCUCUUGUUCCAUCUGUUUGGAUUUAUUGAAGGAUCAGGUGACUAUUCCCUGUGGACACAGUUACUGUAUGAACUGUAUUAAAAGCCACUGGGAUGGAGAAGAUCAGAGGAGAAAAUACAGCUGCCCUCAAUGCAGGAAAGAGUUCAUACCGAGACCUGUCCUGGAGAAAAACAUCAUGUUAGCAGAGUUGGUGAUGGAUCUAAAGAAGACUAAGCGCAAAGCCGUUCCACCUGAUCACUGCUAUGCUGGAUCUGAAGAUGUGGCCUGUGAUGUCUGCACUGGGAGGAAAAGGAAAGCUUCCAAGUCCUGUUUAUCCUGUCCAGCUUCCUACUGUGAGGAUCACCUCCAACCUCACCAUGAUGCUCCACCAUUAAAAAAGCACAAGCUGGUGAGCCCGUCUAAGAACCUCCAGCAGAACAUCUGCUCUCGUCAUGAUGAGGUGAUGAAGAUCUUCUGUCGUACUGAUCAGCAGUGUAUCUGUUAUCUCUGCACUAUGGAUGAACAUAAAGGCCAUGAAACAGUCCCAGCUGCAGCAGAAAGAGCUGAGAAGCAGAAGAAGCUCCAGGAGAGUCGACAACAAAUCCAUCAGAGAAUCCAGGACCAAGAGAAAGAUGUGAAGCUGCUUCAACAGGAGGUGGAGGCCAUCAAUGUCUCUGCUGAUAAAGCAGUGGAGGACAGUGAGAAGAUCUUCACCCAGCUGAUCCGUCUCCUCCAGAAAAGAAGCUCUAAUGUGAAGCAGCAGAUCAGAUCCCAGCAGGAAACUGAAGUGAGUCGAGUCAAAGAUGUUCAGGAGAAGCUGGAGCAGGAGAUCACUGAGCUGAAGAGGAAAGACGCUGAGCUGGAGCAGCUCUCACACACAGAGGAUCACAACCAGUUUCUCCUCAACUACCCCUCACUGCCAGCACUCAGUGAGUCUACACACUCAUCCAGCAUCAACAUCCGUCCUCUGAGACACUUUGAGGACGUGGCAGCAGCUGUGUCAGAGCUCAGAGACAAACUACAGAAAAUCCUGAUAGACACAUGGAGAAAAAUUUCACUGAGAGUCACAAAGUUGGAUGUUGUACUGCCAGAACCAAAGACCCGAGUUGAGUUCUUAAGGUGUUUACAAAAAAUCACUCUGGAUGCAAAUACAGCAAGUAGAUUUCUGUUAUUACCUGAGGGGAACAGAAAAGUAACAAGAAUGAACCAACAAGUGUUUUAUCCUGAUCAUCCAGAGAGAUUCACUUUUUGGCCUCAGAUCCUGAGCAGAGAGAGUCUGACUGGACGCUGUUACUGGGAGGUGGAGUGGAAAGGAGGAGGAGUUAAUAUUGCAGUUUCAAACAAGAACAUCAGCAGAUCAGGAAGAUCAAAUGGAUGCUUAUUUGGGUUCAAUGACAAAUCUUGGUCGCUGCGCUGUGACACAAGUAGUUGUACAUUUUGGCACGACAAAAGACAAACUCCAGUACCAGGUCCAGUUUCCUCCAGAAUAGGAGUGUACCUGGAUCACAGAGCAGGUAUUCUGUGUUUCUACAGCGUCUCUAAAACCAUGACUCUCCUCCACAGAGUCCAGACCAGAUUCACUCAGCCUCUGUAUGCUGGGAUUAGACUUUCUGAAGGAUCCUCUGCUGAGUUUGUUAAACCUAAAUAGUCAGCAGUGAUCUGAGGUCCAGUUGGUUAAAAUGUGUAUUUUAGUUUCAGUUUUUCAGUCUCCACCCAGCUGUCGUUAUGGAGCUACUUUGCGUGUUUGUUGACAUCCAUUCAUUUUUAGAGACUGCCCCAGGGCAAUUAUGGCUACGUAAUUUGACACCAUCUGUUUCUGAGAGACUGAAUCCAAUGUGAUGUUUUCCAGAUUUGAUAAAGUGGUGUAUAAGAACAGGCCAUUUAACUUUUCUGUCCAGGCCUGUGUCAUUAAUUUACUUGUUAAGAUGAUUCUGUUGAACCACAUUUCAAAAGCAAUGUCUGAUUUUCAUUGGUUAAUUUGCAUUCCUUUUUUCAUGUAUUAUUACUUAUUAUUUCACUGACCAUUGUGAUUGUGAUUGUCAUUAACAACAAUUGUGUCCAGAUGUGUAUUAGGAAAAACAAAACAACCUCCAAAGAAAACUAAUUACAUCAUGAAAUACACCCACAAAACCAAACUCAUGACUUUCAACUGCAUGACAAUAGAUGUUGCCGUGUUAAAACAUAUCCCUAAUUUUCUGAUGACUGCUUGUCUUUUAAGAAGCAGCAAAAAUUAUAAACUUUGUAGCACUUUUGUAAAUAAUUCAUGUUAUAACACGAAUUAAUGCUUUUCUUAAGUUGAUUUUUAUACUUUAACACACAAGAAGUGACUCACUAUUUGUAUUUUUCUUGAGCUGGAGGAAACUGAUGAAAAAGAACAGGACAACUAGAUGAGUACUAUGUAAAAUCAGAUAUUAUCCUUUUUAUUUUGAACACAGACUUUCUCCUAAAAUGUUUUAUUUUGCAAUAAAGAAAUGUGAGCCUU